CGGCGCUCCGUCUGCGCGUGCGCGCGGCGAAACUCCUGACGUCAGUGCUGUAUGCGGCUGGCGGCGAUGGCAGAUCCGCUGCUGAUGCGAGGAGUAGAGGAGCACGGUCGGCCCGUUCAGCCGACGCUGGGUGGAAUAUAAACGAGAACGGCUAUUUUUUCCAAUCGGAGGGCCACGACAAAACGAUCAUCGUCAAUGGCGAGGAAUACGGGACACGUAUAUUAAUCUCACGGCUGGGAAAUAAGGACAUUCGUACGGGCUAAAUGGAUAAAGCAGAGCGAGCUAGUUAACACAGGUGGAUUAUUCGUCUUCAAUCGGGCGGCGUUUCUUCAGUGGCCGAUAAUCUGAAAUCUUAUUAAAAUAUACAAUGGUAUGACGGGGGAUUGGAAUUGCGAUUUUUUUGUCGUAUUUUAAAAUCCUGAUCAGCGAAGGGAUGGUGAAGGCCAGUGAUGAAGAGGAGCGAAUCGGCUAGCUGGAGCCUUGCUUUCGGGACGAAGGAUGCUGGCAGCUGUGAAACGGCAUAUAACGUCCGUUGGCCGAUGACUCUUAUGUUUUCUAACCCGUUUCGCAUCACCCGGCCAGUUGGUAUUUGUAACCGCGUUCUGAGGAUAACGUACAAGGUGUUUUACAUGGAAAUAUCUCGGAGUAAGGACAUGUCACGGUUUUAAUUAGCUGGCUAAAUCGGGAAAAUGUGCCAGUGGGUACGAACAUGAAGCGAGGAGCUGGAGCUACCGCUGUAAAAUACAAUAAAUGUGUCUUAUAAAAACUGUAACCGUCCUGGACACUUACAACUAAUUUAUUGCUUCAUGUUAUUUAUUUCUCUGUGGCUUAUUAGCUUGGUUAGUAGGUAGGCUCCCGGCCACCCAGGUAUCACUAGGGCUUCGUUUACUGCUCCACGCCGUUUAUUUCCGAAAACCCCGGGGUUCAGCCGCCACCGAGCCGGCGUGUUACCACAGCCGAGCACCCAAACUCUUUAAUGCUGACAUAGCUGUAGCCGUGCGGGAUACCAAGCGUGGUGACCGGGCGCCGUUGGUACGCGGCACCUCCAAUGUCAAAACGGGGACAUGGCGUUGUUUUUGUCGUAGUAUUUCACUGGAGAAAGAACGAAUGGCGAAAUCACACCAUCCCGUCCCAGUAACGCUGGUUUUCAUUUAGUCGACAUCAAAGUGGUGGGAAAAGGAGAGGAAGUGCUCAUUUACGGCUUAUUUUGGGCAGCGCAAUGCUAAUGGUUAUGCUAGCGGUCAGCGUGUGGUAAUAUGUUGCUUAGCAACUUUGGGUCCGAAGAGCCCUUCGCGGAAAUGUACAUAAUCGUAUUUAGCCGUGUUUUUGCCUCAUUAAACAAACACUUCCAUUAGCCCUCCGUUAUUUUUCCAAGGCGACAUAUUCCACGUCUCAUACGCAUCACCUUAGUAAUUAGAUCUGACAGGGAACGAGUAACCGAAACAACGACGAAUCUCCGUAUGAGGUGUAUGCGCAGAAAUUGUAGUUGCUUUUUAACUUCAUGUAUUGGGAAUUAACUGCGUAAUGGCAAUGUUUAUGGCAGACAGGGUUAAGCAGAUGUUAUAAUUUAAUCGCAAGGAUGUGUUUGAAUCGUUUCUGGGAUAAGUUGGCAUCUAAUAAACGCGUGAGGCCUCCUUUUCGGUUGAAAGGGACUCUGAUUAAUUCAAUUUCACAGUAUUGACUACAGAAUUAGCUUAAGCGACGUUUAGACUUCUUUCUUUUAAAUAAAGGGGACUGUAAGACUGCCUUAGGAUAAAAAUUAAUCAUUCAAAAAUUAUAAAUAAAUGGAACAAGUCCUUCUGUCCAGCCCUGGUGGGCAUUCAGAGUGGGAACUGGAGCAGAAGCCAACCCUGGGAUUUCUCCUCCUGGAUCCAGAUAAAGAGUCUCUGUCCAACAGAAGCAACAAGAGCCCAGAUUCAGGCCUGGAUUUCCGGGAGUCUGAGAAAGACCUGGUCUCAUUUAGUCUGGAUGAAAUUCUUCAAGAUAAUGCCUUAAAGCUCAAUGACCUUUUUCAGAACUCCAGGUAUUCCAGUGUGGACCAGUUACUGUCCUGGGAGAAAGGACCAGAAUGCCCUGUACUUCAGUGGGACAACCAUUCCUCCCAGUCUCCAAAUUGUCCCCAUAAGGAACCUGCAGAGGUAAUGAACUUUCCCAUUGCUGCUGUUGAACGAAAUUUUGAUGAUGCUUCACCUGUCCAUGUCUUCUCUAGCACCCUUGAGUGCCGUCAAGAGGAUAUUUUGGUUCAGGAGCUAGAUCUUGACCAGAAUGCACAGAAUAUUCAUAGCACUCCUGAUGAACUUAUUGAUUUCAGGGAUAUUCCUUCACAAUCACCGGUUUUCUCAAAGACAUUGGAUUGUAAAUGGGAAGAUUUAAGUUUUUUGGACGCUUCGCUGUAUCCUGAAAAUGAAUCCCCCACUUCUUGUUCCCCCCCUCCCAAUGAGGUACAUGUGGGUGACAAAGAGGAUCUGUCCGUCUUAUCACAAUAUGAGGAGAGCGUUCUUACUCUCGCGUCACAAGGUGAGGAGAGAGUGUCAUGUGAAACCGGGGACAAAGGUUUACCCUUUGAAUUGCGGAUGGAUCCGCUCACACCAAGUAACGCUAUCCAGGUGGGUUCACCUGAGAGCCGCGUGAGCAGCCCUUCUCACGUCACCAGUCCGAGCGACUGUCACAAACCGUCGGGACUUUGCAAGUCCUCCACGCUUUUACACAAUGAGGAAGGCAUUGACGUCUAUCUUGAAGCUUAUGAGCAACAAACCUGUGAAAAUGUAAUUUCAGACUUGGAAAAAGCAGUUAAUGAGCAGGACAUCUCGGUGGAUGCAGUUGCUGUUUGUUUGUCGGGGGAGCAUGGAGCUGAGGUAGAUCCCUCCUUUUUGCUUUGUUCCCUGUCAACAGGACCACAGGUUACCAGCCUCUCUCACAAUGGAGAUGUUUCGCACACAGGUGACCCACUUAGCCAGGGCCAGGAUCAGGAUGUUUCAAGGGAUUUAAUGGCAGAAGAGGUUGCUGUUGGUUUAAUGGUACAGCAAGUGAACAAAGAGUCGAUUCUGGACUUGAGUUCAACUGUUGGCUCGAUGCAUGAUAUAAAAAGCAACGAGGACUCAAAAGUACCUGAGGGGCCAGUAGAAGAAAUACUUUCUGACCGGGACAUUUCGAAGGAUGCUGUUUUUCAAAGACAAGGCUCUCCUGACGAUCUAGCCCAGGAGACAUAUGGCUCGGCCCCGGUGUCUGUGCGGACUAGUGAAAAGACAAUUGAGAGGUUAUCUCUUCCUGAAGUAGGGACAUCUACAUGUCUACCUGUGAGGGGUGGCAUGUUGCCAAGCGAAGAAGACAUGUUACCUCUGAAGGCAGUAUUCAAUGCUCUGGACCAGGACGGUGAUGGUUUUGUGCGCAUUGAGGAGUUUGUGCAGUUUGCUACAGUGUAUGGUGCGGAGCAGGUAAAAGACCUUACACGAUUCCUGGACCCCAGUGGUUUGGGCGUUAUCAGCUUUGAGGAUUUCUACCGAGGGAUCUCAGCCAUCAGCAAUGGAGGGGAAUGUUCGGAGGCCCCGCUGUACACUGUGGCCUUCAGCCAUGAAGAGGAGGGCAGGGGAUGCUGCGAGGAGUAUGACGACGGCACCGCCUUCGAGCAGAAUGAGGUGACAGACAGCGCCUACCUGGGCUCGGAGAGCACAUACAGCGAGUGCGAGACCUUCACAGAUGAGGACACUGGCACGCUGGUGCACCCCGAGUUGCACGAGGAGGUGGAGACGGACAGCGCCAUAGACACUGCACUGCACGACCCCGAGGAUGCUGGGAACAGCCUCUCCCUGUGCUCAGAGCUGAACAACCACUCCCUGGUAACAGUGAUUAGCGGGGAGGAAGAACACUUUGAGGACUUCGGGGAAAGCAACGACUCCGAGCUUCUCCUGGAAGCCCCCGAUGGAAUGGAGGGAGAAUGUACCCCAGGAAGCCAGGGUCGCAACUCCACCCUGCUCCUCUCACCCAGCGCCGAUCCUUUCCCUUCCAGCUUUCAGAGCUUCCUCAGGGAGGAGGUUCUUGAUUUUUACUGUAGCCAGUGUCACAAACAGAUUAGUCGCCUGGAGGACCUCUCCACCCGGCUGAAUUAUCUUGAAAUGAAUAGCACCAGCAAGAGGCUCUCCAGCAAGAAAGUAGCCAGACACCUCCUCCAGAGCAGCACCCUGGCGGCCGGCAGCAUGGACGACCUGUCCCGGGACAUCCCAGAGAUGGCCGACACGGACAUCGCUGACAAGGUGUUGUUCCUAGAGAGGCGGGUCUCGGAGCUGGAGAAGGACUCCACCGCCAACAUUGAGGUACACACACGCCUGCGGCAGGACAACCUGCAGCUGGUGCACAGGGCCAAUGCCCUGGAGGAGCAGCUGAAGGACCAGGAGGCACGGGCGGAGGAGUCACUGCAGCUGGAGAUGCGCCGGCAGAAGGAGGCCAUAUGCAAGCUGGAACGGGAGCGAGGCAUGGAGCUGGAGAAUCUGCAGGCCAGGCUGCAGCAGCUAGAUGAGGAGAACAGUGAGCUGCGAUCGUGCGUUCCCUGCCUCCGCGCCAACAUCGAGCGGCUGGAGGAGGAGAAGAGAAAGCUGCUGGAUGAGGUGGAGAACGUGGCAUACAGGCUGAGCGAGGAGAUGGAGUCGCGGAGGAAAAUGUCAGACAAGCUGUCGCACGAAUGUCAUAAGCACCAGAAAGAGAAGGAGUGCACACAGGAGCUGAUCGAGGACCUGCGCAAGCAGCUGGAGCACCUGCAGCUGUACAAGCUGGAGGUGGAAGCCAGGACGGGCCGAUCGCCCAGCGCCGGGCUGCAGGAGUACCAGAGCCGCACCAGGGAGGCCGAGCUGGAGCAGGAGAUCCGCAGGCUCAAGCAGGAAAACCGUAGCCUGAAGGAGCAAAAUGACGAGCUCAACGGGCAGAUCAUCAACCUCAGUAUCCAGGGGGCCAAGAACCUCUUCUCUGCCUCCUUCUCUGAGUCGCUGGCUGCAGAGAUAAACUCCGUGUCCAGGGAUGAGUUAAUGGAGGCUAUUCAGAAGCAAGAAGAGAUCAACUAUAGGCUGCAGGAUUACAUCGACCGCAUCAUCGUCGCCAUCAUGGAGUCUAACCCAUCCAUCCUGGAAGUGAAGUAACAGCCAUCCUACCCUCAACCCGCCACAGUCCCCUUAGUCUGACAGGGCUGUCCGUGUCCCACUGGGCCUCCAUCCUGCACAGAAAGGGAAAAUACUGUUGACACAUUGUCAACACAUUCACCAAGUGAAGUAUGACUGCUGGUGUGGGACACACUUCUGAACUUGGUGGUAAUGAGGGAAUCGGUUGUACCACGUGUGUGUGUGUGUGUGUGUGUGUGUGUGUGUGUGUGUGUGUGUGUGUGUGUGUGUCCGUCCGUCCGUCCAGUGCGUGCUGGUUCCUGUGACGUCCCUGCAGCAGGGUUGGAGGGACCGGGGCUUGCUUCCUCUCUGCCAUACAUACGCCUCUGGGUGCAGUUUGCUUCACACCUUCUUCACGGUUAGGAAGAGAAGCCGUGAAUUUCACCUGCCUGCACUUUGCCUUUGGAGACAGUGCAGCGUUUCAGCCAGUCAUUCCAGGUGUCACUUUUUAACUAGAUAAUUGGACUAAAACUGAGUAAUUCCCUAACAGUUUAUAGAGUUGCUUGUUUGCUCUUUAGUCAUUAGUCCUCCUUAAGGCACUUUGCUCCACAUAGACACGCCUUCUGCCUUGAUGGGCCUGCAGUUUAUUAACUAACGUGUCUCCUUAACUCUUCUAUGACUGUACAGACAUUCUAGGCAAAAUCUGAUUGCAGGUUGCAGAUUAAAGAGGCUGAAUCACACCUUGUCAAACACACUAAAAGGAAUCUGAUCAUUAAAAAGCAUGAUGCACUAGCUGGAUGAAAGAAGCAGCUGUCCGAGCGAAGCGGACCUGGUCAGGUGGAACGCAUGACCUGAAGGAGCUGGCUUUCCUUUUACAGUAGGCUUUAAGUGCGGAUUUUUGUUACGUUUUAAUUCAGUUCAUUGUGUGUCUUCAGCAUUUGAUUUUGUUUCAGUUUUGUUUUGACAAGUUUGUCAACCCAAGUGAGGGGCAGUUCCCUUCCCCCUGCCCUGAGGGUGAUGUGCUGUGAUGCCACUUGGCAUCCUGGGUACUGCGUGUGUGUGUGUGUGUGUGUGUGUGUGUGUCUUUGUUUCUGUGUGUGCGCACGCAUGCGUGUUGGCGGCUUUGGGAAAGCUGGCUUUUGACCCCAUGGCUGUCGUCUUGCGGCGGAGCGAGUCGAAGAGACUAGCCGUCGAAAGAGGCAUAUGGCUGUCUCUCCUCUCACUUAGCAAGGACACACACAGCAGUGCUGGCCACUAGAUGGCGCAGUUGUACUGAGUUCACUUUUGCAUUCGCCAGAUUCAGUCGUACAGUUGGAAACAUGGAAGAUUUUUAGUCAUUCAGGAAAAAGUCAUGUUGGGGGAAAAAAUGCCUGUCGUCCUCCUAGUUCGAUCGCGCACAGACUCUGAUUUCUGCUAAAUGCAGUAGCUGGUGAUUUACAGGUACUACAAUAGCAUCACCUGUUGCAGUGCUGCAGCUUCUUAAUAUGGCACACAGGACUGCCUGUGGUGCAUUAUGUCGUCGCCACUCAGACUGGCCUCGGAGCCCUUGGAGGUGUAUCUGUCUGGGAGCUGACGCGUCUCUUUCUGUGUGAUGUACAUGGACUUUCAAGGAACUGCCUGGGGCUUCCAGCUCUGCCGAAUUUAGUGUGCGGCUGGAGCUGAUCAGUCUGUUCCUUACUGCUACUCUAACAGAAAAUGUUUUUUCAUAUAAGCAGUGGUAAAUUCUGUAUGGUUCUACUUAAGGUCCCUCUUUCUCCUUUGUUCUGGGAUGUAAUUAAUAUGAAUUUAAAGCGCUUGGUGCACUGUUCUGUUGUUUUCUUACUCAGUAUGGGUGUUAAAUUAUUUAACAACAUACACUAGAUCAAUACAAGGGACCUCGUUAAACCAGUUGGCAGCUGGGAUCUGUCAGCUCUCCUUUCUUAUGACCCAGGUCUUAGAAAUGCAAGGGAUGGGGCCGAUUCUGCUAACGCAUGGCUGUCCUAAAGCAAUAAUCAUAAUGUUGAAGGAAACCUAGGGGAAGUCCUGACCGUCAAGCUGGAAAUCGGGGUGGCGAGCGUGAGAAGGUGGAAUGCCCGCCGGCGUGGAACAGCCAGACGCCAUGGGCGGGCACUUCCUUUCUCGCCAACUCUGCCCCCAUUGGGUCACCGCUAGUCAAUCAACGCUUUCCUGGACAGGGAAGCUCAGAGAUGUUGCCAGUGAUGGACACGCCAUGACUGAGGAAAUGAGGACUGUAUAUUUGGAUGUAUUAUAGUAUUUUGGACAUGGCUGCACUGUUGAGGGAUUGACCUAUCUUAGCUGGAGGGCGCAGCCUCACUCCUGCACCUAAACACUCGCUAUGUAAUCUUCAGAGCUACAUGACAUGGCCUUGGAUGUAAAUGACUGUACAUGUAAACUCCUCUUUUUCUAACUUGUAGACUUGUUGGUAUUUUUAUAGUAAGAAAAAUGAGAAUGAUCCUUUGAAUUAGCCCUCUUCACAUAGGGUGUCACCUUGAAUCCCCUCCCCUCCCCCCCCCCUCCCCCCAAUUAUUUCUCACGUAAAUCUGUAGAUAUAUGGGUAUUCAGCUUUUCCGUUUCUCUCCAUGGCUGGACACCAGCACUGUUGUUCAUGAAUACCUUAGCAUACUCAGCGUGAAGGGGAAUUAAACUUGUCUAAUUAGUUGGAAAUGCAUGGUGUAGACGUAUUUUUCCAUCCAGUGUCACUCUCUGAGAAUCCAGUGGGUUAGCAAUUGUGCACUGACGUCACAACUGUAAUUAGCUCAGCUAGUGCUUUUAAGACUUUUCUGUCUGUUCUGAUUUGUUUUAUAUUUGUAACUGCUCACUGUUGGGCCUAGUGAAAGGUAGCCUGCAGACAUUAUUUUAUGACUUAAAAUUAUAAUUUAAAGAAGUCUGUGAUCUGUUGUCUUCGUUUAAUAGGAGGCAAUAGGCUAGUUGUACUGUGCCAUUAAUGAGAAAAAAUCUAUUCACAUUAUGAUAGCUGCGCCGCCAGCAUUUUCAUACUGCACUCUGCCACUGGCAGUAGUGCAUCAUUAAAGUUAUUUAUUAAACCUAAUGGAACAACCUGUGAUGCAUAAUACAGUUAAAAAUAACACUGCAUUAUAUGCCUGUAAAAGUCUUUUCUUGCAAUAUCAUCCUCAACUCAUUAAAUGAGAUUAUGCACUUGAAAAUGCUUUCUGUAAAUCACUUAUUACUGUUUUGAAAAUUGCCAAACAUGAUUAUAAUUUGUCAGCCAAUUUCAUGUAUUCUCAGAUAAUCUGGCAUAGUUUACACUGUCACAGGCUAAACAGUGAGCAGAUGAAUUGUAGAAACACACUUAUAAACUGAAGUAUUUUGUUCUCUGUAUUUUGGUAUUUUUGCAACAUAUGUUCACUCUUAUAAAGUGGUAUGCACAAAACUGACCGAUGAGGGGAGACACUUGGUAUAGAUAGUAGUCCCUCUGAUCUGUCAUCACUUUUUUUGAGGUCCCUUACUAAUCCUCCUGCCUAAGGUUUUGGAUUUUUGGUCCAAUAGUGUGCAUACAGCCAUUUCUGAGAUACAGCCUCUUAUUGGUCUAAAUAUGGUAGGACAACCAAUGUGUAGGCUUGUCAGUUAACUGUAAUGAAGUUUAAAUGUGAAUAUGAAUCCUUAUUUUUUGUAAGACUUUUGCUCUAACUCUAGCUUCCAAAUGUCCAAAGAAAGUUGAUUCUAAGGCGCGGGAUAUCACUAUCGGGUGCUGCACUAACGGCUCAAGUUAAAGACAAGAAAAAAAUAAGAAUAAAAAAAAAAACGGAUGAUUGUAAUGUCAACUGAAGUUUAUUCUGAUUGUGGAGGAUACUGUAUUGAUUAAAAGAUCAGUAUUGUGUACUGCUGUAUGUUACCAUUUCUUUUGAAAAAAUUCGAAAGAUGUAAUCAUUAUUGUUUGGAGAAUUAUAGACUUUCCAAAUCACUGUAAAAAAGAAAAAAAAUAUUCAGAAAGAUUGAAAA